AUGCCUCCUGGACGGAAGAGGAGGACGAAGGCCCUCGCUGGAAGCGGAGAAUCCGCCGCUUCCACAGUCGUGGAUGACUCCACGUCGGGCGGCGAGGGGGAAACGAUGGGAGCGGUAAAGUCUCUAUCGCGGAGUAAAGCGCAUUUGGGGUCGCCGCGUAAGGAGAACGGAAGCGAGGGAGGGAGCGAGAGCUGUGGCGGGAGUGCCACCGUGGCCUCCGUCGAGAAGGUGGUUACGCGUGCUGGGUCGCCGCGUAACGUGGGGGGUACAGAGGGAGGGAGCGGGAGUUGUGGCGGGAUUGCCAACGUGGCCUCCGCUGAGAAGGUGGGUACGCGUGCGGGGUCGCCGCGUAACGUAGGGGGUGUCGAGGGAGGGAGCGGGUGUUGUGGUGGGAGUGCCUUAGUGGCCACCACCGUGAAAGCGACUGCGCGUACGGGGUCGUCGCGCAAUGAUGGUGGGAGCGGUAGUGGGAGCGUGGCCCAUCCGAUGCCCUUAGGGGAAGUUGCGGGGGACACUCCUGACCCCGAGCAGGUCAAUGCCGGCUCCGUCGGCCCCGAUACCUGCGCCUCCUGCACCUGUGCUUUAUGCAAUCACACCGGUGACGCCGACGCCUGUGGAGACCUGGUCGGUCGUGGUAAGGAGUAA